GAGAGGGAGAGAGAACGAGAGAGGGAGAGAGAACGAGAGAGGGAGAGAGAACGAGAGAGGGAGAGGGUGAGAGAACGAGAAAGAGAGAGGAUACGGGAAAUAGAGAGGGAACAAGAAAGAGAAGGUGAAAGAGAGAAGGCGAGAGCCGUCCAGACUACCAUCUCCCCCCGCAGCCCUGCAGCUCUUCCCAUGGCAACCACCAGUUUGGCGACCCCUCCGGCGGAGAGCGCAGCGCCCUCUAGCGGCGUGGAGGACCUGGGCACCACAGAAGAAGAGGACGAGGAUGUUUACCUGUCCCCAGACCCCACCACCAGUUUACUUAUGGAGACCACCACAGAAGAAGAAGUGACCACUACUGCCACAGAGACAAAGACCACACCCAUCCCAGAGACAACAGCUCCACCCACUACGACUGGCCCAGCCCCAACUGAGAGGUCAAGCUCCGCCCCCUUCAGGCCCAGGGUUCCUGUGACCUUGCCUACUAAAGCUGCACCCUCAGAGAAGAGCACACGUCCGCAGCUACCCUCUACGACGAAUAAUGAGUUGGGGGUUAACGGACCCAGCGGAGACUUUGAGAUCCGUGAGGAGGACCGUCGCCAGGGCAACGAGGUUGUUGGGCGUGGCGUGGAGGCGGGAGCGGAGCCUGAUCUGAUUGGCAACACGAUCAACACGGGAAGUUCUGCCGCUCAACUUCCUCAGAAGAACAUCCUGGAGAGGAAGGAGGUCCUGAUAGCGGUGAUAGUGGGAGGUGUAGUGGGGGCUCUGUUCGCAGCGUUCCUGGUCAUGCUGCUGGUGUACAGGAUGAAGAAGAAAGAUGAAGGCAGCUACACACUGGAGGAACCCAAACAGGCUACCGUCACCUACCAGAACCCUGACAAACAGGAGGAGUUCUAUGCAUGAGAGGGAGAGAGAGAGAGAGGAAGAGAGAUCACUCCACCUCCUGUCUUGUCGCCUCACCUCUCCUUCCCAUCUCUUCCUCCCUCUCCCCCAUGUCAGUUGUUGUUAAGAGUGCCUGUCUCCAUGGACUCCGAACUUUCUUUAAAAAAAUUUAAAAAUAAAUGAACAAAAAUAUAUACGUUGAAUAAAUAACCAUAAACACAUGAUACACACAUUUGUUUUUUUAAGUAAAUGUUAUGAAUAUUAUACAA